CCCAUUUUUAGGAAAAAAAAAAAAAAAAAAACAAGCACAUGCCAAAUCAACAUUCAGUUUAGGUGUGGUUUUAGUUGGAUUUUGGUCUGUUUUUUCUGGUACCUAUUUUUUCAUCUUUUAGUCUGUAAGAAAUUUUCUUUUUUCAUGUUUUUGUCUAUUACAACCGAUUCCUUCACGCUUUGCAGAGAUGCAGCUGGUAUCGCCGGGAACAUCUUUGCUUUUGGGCUGUUUGUAUCACCCAUACCCACAUUUAGGAGAAUCAUCAGAAACCAGUCAACAGAGCAUUUUUCAGGAUUGCCUUAUGUAUAUGCCCUCUUGAACUGCUUGAUCUGCACGUGGUAUGGCACGCCAUUAAUAUCACAUAACAAUGUACUGGUUAUGACAGUCAAUUCAAUUGGUGUAAUUUUCCAGAUAGCCUACAUUAUCCUCUUCAUUGUAUAUGCUGAUAGAAAGGAAAAGAUGAAGAUGCUUGGAUUGCUACUGGCGGUUUUUGGCCUUCUUGCAAUCAUAGUUGCUGGGAGCCUGCAGAUAGUCGACCAAGAAGCACGGUGGAUCUUUGUCGGGUUACUGAGUUGUGCUUCUCUCAUAUCAAUGUUUGCUUCCCCAUUGUUUAUAAUUAAUUUAGUAAUUCGAACAAAGAGUGUUGAAUUCAUGCCAUUCUAUCUCUCCCUCUCUACUUUCUUGAUGAGCACCUCCUUCUUAUUAUACGGCAUCUUCAACUUCGAUGCCUUUAUUUACGUUCCAAAUGGAAUCGGAACUGUUCUGGGGAUUGUACAACUGGCAUUGUACUUCUACUUUAAAAGAAAGUCUGUGGAAGACUCCAUAGAACCGCUCAUCGUGUCACAUGCGUAACUGAGAGGAUUUUUAAAUGAUGUGAAGAUGUAAAGUUUUGAUGUUGAGGUGCAUAGUGAUGAGAAUCUUGACGUCGUGUAUUAUUUCAUUCAGUGUACUGUUCCAAAAAUAUUCCAAUUCUUUGGCCAAAUAAAUGUGUCGGCAGGUUUUUCUGCUUGUUAAGAGAAUUUGGUAUUUGUCUGCAAAUUUUAUCAUGCUAGAGCUGGUGUUGAUAUAGCAUAAGUUAAUUAGAAUUAGCUUGAAUCAUUUUCUUGUGGCAUUUUACUAGUGGUUUGUAGGUAAUACUGUGCAGAUAUUUGAGUGAAGCGAAUGAA